AAAUUUAUUGCUAGCAUUUAUUGUUUUUUGGAUCAACAUCGUAGUAAUGCAUGCUUGCAUACUUACUUACUGAUCUUGGAUACAGUAUGACGGCUCAUAAAAAUGACACGCUAAGUAGCUAAUUUAGCUUGAUCUUAUUUACAUUAGAUGGGUGUUUAAAGGGCGUGUUUACAUGUUCCCUGUCAAGUGUUUAUGCUAAACUGAUAGUUUAAAGUUGCACACUUAUAUUAUCAACUUGUAUUUAUAAACGUUCUGUUGCUUUAUCCAUCUUUAGUACGGUUAAAUAAUCCUGACAAACUGGGAGUACGUUCUAGACAUUUAAUGCAAAUCUUAGUAAAUUGAGGUACCUGGAGAGAGUGCUUAAAAAUGUUUCAGAACAUUUUAAAGUUAGUGGUGUUGGAAUUAUUAUUAUUUUACGGGGUAGCCGAUGCGAUGACACGACAACAGCUUAAGAAUUCGGGAAAAAUGAUGAAAAAGAGUUGCAUGCCUAAAAAUGAUGUGACGGAAGAGCAAGUGGGUGACAUUGAAAAGGGUCAUUUCAUAGAAGAACGCAACGUUAUGUGCUAUGUAGCUUGCAUCUACAGUAUGUCACAAUUGGUAAAAAACAACAAACUGAACUACGAAUCAGUGAUAAAGCAGGUCGACAUGAUGUUCCCGCCCGAACUGCGCGAGCCCACCAAGGCUGCGGCUGAAAAGUGUAAGGAUGUCGUUAAAAAAUACAAGGAUCUUUGUGAACAUUCCUUCUGGACAGCGAAGUGUAUGUACGACGUAGAUCCUAAAAACUUUAUAAUGAAUCGAUUCGUAUUAAUUUUCAUAUUUUUCGUUUUAUUUGAUGCUGCUUUUGGGAUGACACGAGCUCAAUUAAAGAAAACACUGUCUAUGCCUAAGAAGCAAUGCAUGACUAAACAUGGAGUUACCGAAGAUAUGGUCGGAGGAAUUGAGGGCGGCAAAUUCGUGGAGGAUCGUAAGGUGAUGUGCUACAUCGCUUGCAUCUACCAGACUAUACAAGUGAUGAAGAAUGACAGGCUGAAUAAAGACCUGGUGAUCAAGCAAGUGGACCUGCUGUACCCACCCGAGUUGAAGGCGCCGACCAAGGCGGCCGUCAAACAGUGCAUGACAGUUCAGGACAAAUACACGGACAUGUGUGAGGGCGUGUUCUGGUCCGUGAAGUGUCUGUACGAGCAGGACCCCGCCAGCUUCGUGUUCCCGUGAAUAUCUGCAGGGCUAGCACGGGCCGCAAGUAAGACGUGAUAAAGGUACUCCGUCGCGCUCGCUCUUGAGGCUGUGCGAUGUGAGUGAGCGCGAUACAAAACUUUUGUCACGUCUCAAAUGCGCCCCGUGCUAGGCCUUCGGUGUUUAAGUUAAUACUAUACUUACGUAUUUUAUAAUGUAAUUAAACAUUGUAUUCAUUAAAAUUGUUGUUUAGCACAAA